CGCUCUUCUUCUCUUCGUCGCCCUUUUCUUCUCCGAUCUCCGUAUUCACCUCUUCUUCUUCUUCUUCUUCUUCUUCUCUCCGUCAAAAACCCUAACAGCACCCUAAUCCAAACACUUGUGGGGAUCCAUAGCAACGGUAGCUCUAUCUUUCCCCCUUUCAAUGGCCGUGAGGAGGGGGGGCCACGUCCUCGAGCUCCGGGACCAGCCGCAGCCGCCGCCGCCGCUCCUGCGCCGCGCGCCGCCGCACCCCGGCGCGCUCAUCGACGAGCCCUUGCUCAUCCGCCGCGCCCCGGCUCUCCCGCCGCAGCUCCACCCCGCCGCCGCAGCCGCACUCGAGGAUCGCCUCGCGGCGCAGCAUCGCAACAUCCAGGCCCUCCUCCUCGACAACCAGCGGUUCGCCGCCACCCACGUGGCGCUCCGGCAGGAGCUCGACGCGUCCCGGCAUGAGCUCCGCGUCGCCGCGGCCGCCGCCGCGAGGGCCAGGGCCGAGCGGGACGCCGAGGUGCGUGGGGUGUUCGAGCGCUCGCUCAGGGUGGAGGCGGAGGCGCGCGGCGUGGAGGGGAUGCGCGCGGAGCUCGACCACGUGCGGGGCGACGUGCAGAGGCUCGCGGCGGCGAGGGACGAGCACCUGGAUCGGCUCCAGGGCCUAAAGGCUGAGCUCGCGAGGGCUCGCGCCGAGAUCGCGCAGGUGUCGGCGCUCCGGAGCGAGAUCGAGGCCAUGCAAAGGGAAAUUCAGAAGGGAAGGGCUGCUGUUGAAUUUGAAAAGAAGGCACAUGCUGAGAAUCUCGAACAAAGUCAAGUAAUGGAGAGUCAUAUGGUUUCAAUGGCUCAGGAGAUUGAAAAGCUACGUGCCGAACUUGCUAAUGCAGAAAAAAGAGCACGUGCGGCUGCAGCAGCUGCUGUUGCAGCUAAUUCUGGUAUUAUUGCUGCAGCAGCUAAUGCUGGUAUUGUAGCUUCAGCAGCUAAUCCUGGUAUGCUACCUUCAGCAGCUAAUCCUGGUAUUGUAGCUUCAGCAGCAAAUCCUGGUAUUGUGGCUGCUGCUAUUAAUCCUGGAUAUGUUGUAACUUAUGGAAAUCCUGAGAUGGUCUACAGAGGAAGUGCAUAUGGAGGAAAUACAUAUGCUGAUGCUUAUAAUAUGCAUCAGGUCCAGAUGGGAGGUGCUGAAGCCUAUUCCCAGUAUGGGUCACUGUACGUUUCUCAAGCACCGUACGGCGCCCAACAAACUCAGGAGCACAAAUAAAUUUUGAACUUGUAAUUAUAAUUUUGAGAUAUUCUUUCAAGUCAUGCUAAUUAUAUCUUUUGUCCUUUGUACUUAAACAUGUUAAAUGGUUGUCUUGGCAUUUUCUGAAAAGCCAUGCUAUUGGAUAUUUUGGCUUUUGUGUCCCAAGCAUGUUAAGAGAUAUCCUCUUGAUCCCAUCUAGUUACAGCAGUGUUUGAGACUUCUGAUCAUCUCUAGCUAUUUGACAAUCUAUUGAUCAAAUGAAAGAAUUUGCAGUAGUUUAUCAGGUA